AUGAGCCCAAGAGCGGCUACUGCGAGAAGAGGAGAUGAGAAUGACCGGCAGCCCGUGUUGAACGGGAACCAUCUACCUCUUGCAGGUGACCAAGAUAUGGACGGCGAGACGCUGCAACCAGGAACGACAGCUCGUACUGCCGAGCCUGUGUUUGCUACUUCUGGACCCUCGGCAUCAGCAAGGACCGAGCAGCCGACUACCACGCCUGGUGAACAGGCUGUGGCUGCAGGAGCUGAUGUGGGAUCGAAGGCUGGCUCCCUUGGUCGACCGCCUAUGUCCUCGGAUGUAGGUCAGGUGGAGGAAGGAUCCCUGGUGUUCCUGGACUGCACGAUAGACGCCCUCUCCGCCAAGGCCGCCAUCCACGUCGUCCAGCGAUGUUCAGGCGGAGGUGAGGAGACAGUUGAUGGAGAUGAUGGCUUCGAGCUGAGUCGACUGUACAGAUGGAGAUGCAGAACUCAAGGCUUGGAUUUGGCCGAACCGCCCCUUCCAGGGCAGCAGGACUCCCUGAGCACCCUGUGCAGUGGCAUCAAGCGAUCCCUGAAGGCUCUGGGGCAGGAGAGCAAAGGGCUGGGACGCAAGGAACGACUCGAAGAGGCUGCCGAUCCGGUUGAGGGUGAGGCUCAGGGUUUGGAUCCCCUUAGCGUGGUGCUGACAGGUAUGGCCCAGCUACAGUCAGUAGUCACUGAGCUUACUAGCCCGAAGGCGAGUUAUAAGCCAGAGGUAAUAAAGCCUGGAGUGACAGCUUUACCAGACCUCCCUGGGCAUGGGCCGGAGUCCUCGCUAGCGUUUGCAGACUGGCUCCACGCCAGUAGACCAGCACUAGCAGACGUGUCAGACACGUCGGAGGAGUUGUGGCAACGAACAGUAGACGAGGCCACCGCUUGGUACAAUGAGUACUUGAGAAUGGAUCCCCUGGCUCGUCUCACGGCUAAACCCGAGCCGUCCUCGGACCUAGCCCAGACCAAGUGGGUCCGCGUGUCGCGAAGGAUCGAGACUAUGAUCAUUGCGGCGGCACCCAAGGAUGUCAGGGACGAGCUGAGCGCAUCGAGGUCUCAGCUGCACCUGAUGGUGGAGCUAACGCCAAGCCACCUUGCUGGGUUGAGAGUUGAAGACAAGGCCAAGGGUCGAACCCCCAAGCCGCCGAAGGCCGGCACCGAGUCUGCAGCCGGUGGCACAACAGGCAGCACCAACUGUGCAAGGAACGCCAGUGACUUUGGCCUCUCUCAGCGCUCAGUUGGAGCUGUAGUGCAGGAGUAUGAGGCGAGGCUUUGUUCGCAUGCUCCUGGAACAGCCCCUGUAGCGUUGCUGGAUAGUGGUGCCACGCACCCCGUAGUGGCAUUUGAGCCAAGCAUGACGGGCUUAGAGAAGGUGCCGGUAACAUUAGCCGGGGACGCAAAGCAGGAGUGGCUGCGGACGCAAGGUGGCACCCUUCAUACAGGGGUGUCUGGGAAUACGCCCAGCGAGACCUGGCUGAUCCCUCGGAAGCCUGGAG